AUGGCGCUGGCGGCCAAGCAGGGUUCUGGAAAACCCGGGUUUUUGACAGAAAUCGGAUGGCUGCAGGACGUGGAGCAGCAGCUCCAGCGCGUGAAGCAAGUCGUGCAGCUGCAUGUGAAGCUCGCGGAGGCUGCAGUGAAGGUGAAAGCCACGACGUUCGCGGUGCCGGUGCUCACAUCGUAUCAGGCGAUGUCCCAGAAGCCGUCUUGGCUGAUUCAACUUGUGGGGGACUUGACUGACGUCCAGAACGCGGCAAAGGACACGGAUCUGGCCCGCGUGCUCUCGCCUGUGGAGAAAUGCCGUGAUGAUCUGAUAGUUUAUUGCAGUCGCAACGACCGCGACGCAUUAGAUGACAUGUCGAAUUACGUGGUUUUGAUCGGAGGACAUCGUGGAGUACAGGCAAAUCGAUUGCUCCCGUACCUUCUAACGUUGCUGCGGAAAUUUAUCUGCGAUUAUGUCGACUACACCCUCAGGCAGGAUGUUGUAGGAGAAGCACCACGCAGCGCAUCCCAGUGGGUCCAGUUCAGUGAGAUUGGCGUCGCAUUGGCAAACUCGAUGUGUCGUAUACCUCCACCGUCAGGGGUCGAGUACGCUGGGACUGUUUUGAAAGAAGGGGCCUACACGGGGUCGAAGGUGACUGGGUGUUUAGACGAGUGA